AUGGCCACCAACAUACACCUUGUCAAAUUUUUGUUCUUGCUCUUCUUUUCAUCCUUGAGGACCUUGACCUUGGGGACUCCUCAUAUCAGUGAUCUAACAGCAAAUAAUAUAGGCCAUACUCUCAAAUCAGGCAUUCGUAUUGCUAAUUACUCCGACCCGCUUACUUUUGACAACAACGCUGGAGCAUUGAAAAUCAGGCGCCAAGGCGGGAAUUCUAUAACGCUAUGGUCUUCGGCUCAACCUACCAAUAACACUGUUGCAACUUUAUUGGAUCCGGCAAUUUCAUCUUCAAUGAAGUAUUCAAAUAGAAGUAAGCUACUAGAUUGGAAGAAGCGUUUCAACAUAAUUGAAGGAAUUGCUCAAGGAAUGAUCUAUCUCCAUAAGUAUUCAAGAUUGAAAAUAAUUCAUAGAGAUUUAAAAACCAGUAACAUACUCCUUGAUGAAAGUAUGAGUCCAAAGAUUUCUGAUUUUGGCAUGCUCAUCAAUUCAUUUUCAUAUGAAAAUGUUUGUCUUCUAUUUUGGUGUAGUGGUUACAUGCCCCCUGAGUAUGCUAUGGAGGGUCUGUUCUCUAUAAAAUCUGAUGUCUAUAGCUUUGGGGUCUUAAUGCUUAAAAUUGUGUGUGGUAGAAAAAACAACAACUUCUAUGAUGCCGAUCAUGCACUCAAACUAGUAGGAUAUGCAUGGGAUUUAUGUCAAGAAGGUAAAGUGUUAGAGUUAGUUGAUCCAAAAAUAAGGGAUUCAUGUGUCGAAUAUCAAGUAUUAAGAUGCAUUCAUGUCAGUCUCAUAUGCGUGGAAGAUGCUACAAUGGAUUACCCUACCAUGUCAGAAAUAUUAUAUAUGUUGAAUAAUGAAAGUAUACAGUUACCUUUGCCUAAAAAACUGGCAUUUUCUAUUGGAAGGUGUUAA